UCUUUGAUUUGGGUUAGGAAGUAACAUUAUUUUAGUAUAGAUAUUAUAGUGUUCAGUUUAUUAAUUGUUUAUCAUCGAAUCAACAAAGAGGCAAGCAAAAACAGUUAGAAAUACUUUCUAAAAAAUGUUGGAAGUUACGUGUAACGAUCGUUUAGGCAAAAAAGUAAGAGUCAAAUGUAACCCUGAUGAUACUGUAGGCGAUUUAAAGAAACUUAUAGCGGCACAAACGGGUACCAGAUACGAUAAAAUUGUCUUGAAGAAAUGGUACACAGUUUUCAAGGACCACAUCAAACUGUCAGAUUAUGAAAUACAUGAUGGCAUGAAUUUGGAAUUAUAUUAUCAGUAAUGAAAAUAGUUUUUAAUGUAUUUUUUAUAAGUAACAAUUAUUGUUGUAUUGAUAAGUAUGUGUAAAUAAAAAAUAAUGAUUUAAAUAA